UUUGAAGCGUACAGAAGAAAACAUUAACAUAUUAGGAAUAUUAAAAAAGAAAGUAAAGGGGAUGAAAGAAGCUAAAAGACAUAAUAUAAGACUAGUAGUGAGUUUGGACUUAGUAAUUUAGUUUGUAUGUACUGUACCUACCGCAGACCUUUGGGCGUCCUGUAGUAACCUUGACGCUGCGUUCAACAGUCACCGUCACGCCUAGAACAAUAACAAGUGGCUAUGUAGAUGGUUGUGGUGGGCUUCCAACACGACAAUACGACAGGGAAUACUUCCGUUGAAUUCAGAAGACAUUGUGAACGGCUUCUCUCCCUCUGAAUAGUGAAUAUCUUUCAAGUGACAGGAUGAUGUCUGGACACCUGUUCAUCAAGUGUUUCCUGCUUGCUACCUGCAUUUUAGGUGUUUUGGGACAGAAGUGUUAUGUCUGUAAGGACCAAGAAGAAAAUACAGGGAAAUGCACCACCACUGUUGAGCCUUGCGACUAUGGAGAAGAAUAUUGCCUGUCAGAAAUCAAAUGGGGCAGCACACCAUACUGGGAAAUUGGUGCUCCAAUGCAAUACUUCAUCAGCAAGCGAUGUGCAACCAAAGAUGAUUGUGUUCAGACAAUGACAAAGUACAUGCCCAAUUGUUUGCGGAUUUGGUGGAAAGACUGGACGUGUGCAGAAUGCUGUAAAGGUGACCGCUGCAAUUAUUACAUUACGCUUGGAUCAUCAUCCCUGAGAUCAAGCUUGGUUCUGGUUGGUGUAGCUGGCUUUUUAUCUAUAAUCAUUCAGAGGAUGAUCUACUGACAAAAUUGGUUUGAGUGGUGAAACUGUUUGUUGUAUAUAAGGUUUCAUUUAUUUUUCACAUGCAGCACAUUCACUAAAACUCUUUGAAGUCUUGAAAAAUAUUGUAAAUAAGAAUGUAUUUUGUUUAAUGUUUCAAUGCAAAUUGACCAUAUUUACUAUUUGUAUUAUCUUACAAAUUUUUUGACUGUAAGAGUAAAUUAUGACUAGCUAUAUUACUUGUAUGGGUUUGUAUGUUCGUGUGUGUGUGUGUGUGUGUGUGUGUGUGUGUGUGUGUGUGUGUGUGUGUGUGUGUGUGUGUGUCACUAUGUUAAAUAGAUGAGACAAAUUUUGUAAUUUUAAUGUAUUUAAUGAAACAAAUUUCAUUACAUAUGCUUGAUACGAGAGUAGAAAAUAGGCUGCAUUUGAGCAAGGCCAGUGCAGGAUGUAACUUUUUUUUAAGUUACUUAGAUUCAGAGACUUUUGUUUAAGUAUUAUCAAGAUACUCUAAAUUUGACUGCAACUUAAACCAGUAGUCUUAAAUUUAUUGCAAGUGGAAUAUGAAGGGACUGAUGAUGAACUGUAAAGCUAUGCCAUUACAAAUAGUUCACCUAGGCCUUCAUAAACUGGACUAACCACCUCAAGUGUGUUUGAUUGUAAUAUUAAAGGAAAUCAGAAAACAUUUUUAACUUCAUAAAAUGUUUUUGAUGAUCACAGUAUUUUGUACUUAUAACUAAAACUUGUAAGGAGAAAAAGUAACUUUUCCGUCCAUUUCUGUCCAUAUUUUUAGGGAAAAGUAUGAACCUAACUCUUCCAUUUAUCUCCGUCCAUAUUUGUACCUUUUAAUAAAUUUUACGUAUGUA